AGCGGGGCCGGGCCGAACCGGGCCGGGCCGCGGGGACGGGGCGAUGCCGCUGCACCGCUUCCCGCCGCGGCUCUGGGCCGCCAUGCGGCUGCGGGAGGGCAUCUGCGCCCGGCUGCCGCAGCACUACCUGGCCUCGCUGCAGGACGACACGCCGCCCACCCCCGUGCACUGGGAGCCGCACGGCCUGCGCUACCGGCGGAACCCGCGCACCGGGCAGCGCGAGCGCGUGCAGGACGUCCCGGUGCCCGUGUACUUCCCUCCCGCCGCCAACGAGGGGCUGUGGGGCGGCGAGGGAUGGAUCCGCGGCUUCCGCUACGCGCGCAAUGACAAGCUCUCCACCAGGCUGCCCAAGACGUGGAAGCCGCAGCUGUUCGAGCGGCAGUUCUACAGUGAGAUCCUGGACGCCACUCUGACCAUCACCGUCACCAUGCGCACGCUCGACCUCAUCGACGCCGCCUUCGGCUUCGACUUCUACAUCCUGAAGACUCCCAAAGUUGACAUGUGCUCCAAGCUCGGGAUGGAUUUGAAGCGGACGAUGCUGCUGCGCCUGGCUCGGCGGGAUCCCGAGCUGCAUCCCAAUGAUCCAGCCAGGAGAGAGGCCAUCUAUGACAAGUACAAGGAAUUUGUGAUCCCAGAAGAAGAAGCUGAAUGGGUUGGCUUGAGUUUGGAAGAAGCCAUAGAAAAACAGAGGCUCCUGGAAAAAAAGGACCCUGUUCCCCUCUUCAAGGUGUAUGCUGAAGAGCUUGUCAGCCAGCUGAAAGAAGAGCAACAGGCAGUGCAGAAGCAGUAGAUGGAGAGAAACCUUGGGAGCAAAACCCCUGCUGCAGAUAAAGCAGUGGGGUUCAGAGGCUCUGCUGCCUGAACCACGCUGGUGGGGAAACCACGUGAAAACCACGUUCCUGAAGUGUUAUGACAGCCUAAAUUCAGUGAGGACAUGUUCCUGUGGGCUGACGAAAGAGUUUCUGUGCUGUGGCUCUGAGAGUUCUUGUCAGACUGAGUGUGGUGGUUCUGCCUGUACAAGCGGUUGGCUGCUGUUGAGAGCCCAUUUGUGAUACAAAAUACACAUUUUGGUGUUAAUAGCAGUAAACUCCUGUCUGAUACUUCUUAAUGUGUUGUAGCAGGGACUGUGAGACACAAUGUAACUUAGAUCAAUCUCCAGCUUCAUCCAGCCCAGAUGGUUCUGCCCCAAAAGUCAGCAGGUGGGGCUGAGCUCCCCAGCACAGCUCACU